AUGGCAGCCCUGAAAAUAGCAAAUGUCAAUUGGCAAUCCAAACUAAAUAAAGCUGCACACCACACCUCUGAGUACAGCAGCACAGAAGCAAUCUUGAGGAGAGGUCAGGCCUUCAACAUCACUCUGAACCUCCAAACAGUGCAAUCUGGAGACAACUUCACCUUUAUUGCAAGCACAGGACCAUCUCCAGCAGAAUCGCAGCAGACCAAGGCCAUAUUUAACCUUUCUGAAGAGGGUGCCAAUGGCUGGAGUGCAACCCAAGAGCCCAGUGAGCCUGGCUGCAUGAACUUCAUAAUAUUCAGCCCAGCCAAUGCUGUCAUUGGACGAUACAAACUCAAGCUCCAGAUUGCUUCUGGGAACAAGAUCUCUUCAACACUCCUGGGCCAAUUUGUGCUACUCUUCAAUCCCUGGUGUCCAAAUGAUGACGUCUAUAUGCCUAAUGAAAAGGAGCGAUGGGAGUAUGUCCUGAAUGAGAGUGGAAUCAUAUUUCAGGGACUGGAAAAAUAUAUUCAACAAGAAGCUUGGAACUAUGGACAGUUUGAAGAGGAUAUCCUUGAUAUCUCUCUGGCUAUACUAGAUCGAAGCCUGAACCACUGCCAAGAUCCAGCUGUCGAUGUAUCCAACCGAAACAAUCCUGUCUAUGUGAGCAGGGUUGUCAGUGCCAUGGUUAACAGCAAUGAUGAAAAAGGAGUAGUGGAAGGGAAGUGGAAUGGAAAGUACUGCUCAGGAACCAACCCCCUGCGGUGGAGUGGAAGCGUGACCAUCCUUCGAAAGUGGUACAGGGGCAGGUACAAACCUGUCCGGUAUGGCCAGUGCUGGGUCUUCGCAGGAGUAAUGUGCACAGUCCUGAGAUCCUUGGGAAUACCUACUCGUGUUAUCACAAACUUCAACUCUGCCCAUGACAGGAAUAUAAAUCUGAGUGUUGAUAAGUACAUUGACAUUUCUGGAAAGACCCUGCACUUGACUGAAGACAGUGUGUG